AUGACCGAAGCGGAAAAUUUCGACGACGAGCUCUUCGCCGACUUAUACGCCGACGAUGAACCAGCCGCACCCAAGGUCGACUCGGGGCUGGCGCCGUCGACAACGGCUGCGGCCACCAACUUCGCUGCGGCGCCCGUGUCAGCUUUUGCUGCCGCCGUGGAACCAAUGUCGCGGCAGUAUGACAACGGAGGCAACGAGCCGAACGGCGGCGACUACGACGGCGCGCGAGAAGAAUAUGACGAUGACGAUGACGAGGUGGACUUUAACCUCGGCAACGGGAGCAGCAGUAAUAACAACAACAACGGCGGCGGCAACAUGAACAGCAACAUGAACAGCGGCGGCGGCGGCGGUCAGUCGCACAUGGAGUCCACGCCGCCCGUGAGCAGUAGCAAUCCGUACCACGGCGGCGGCGGCUCGGGUGCCCCGUUUUCGCGUGGCCCCAACUCUAAGGAAGAUGGGCAAGGCAGCAGAGUGGGAGGAAGGCAAAUGAAGAUCAUGCAGAGGCCGACGCAACCGCCGAGCAGAGAGAAAUACAAGGCAUCGCGUCAGAAAAGCCAUAGCGAGAGUCAGAAAGAAAAAAAGAACGAGAUUCUGCAGCACUCUCGUGCAGGAGAAGCACGGGAGCCGCAGGGGAGCUUCGCACAGGCGGACAGCGGCUAG